UAGUGUUCGUCAGCGGCUGGAGGUUCCGUUCCCCAGGCGAAAUGGCGGAGGCUGCGGUGCUGGCGUGGGUUCGCGGCCCCGGAACCGGGUGCAAGGCGCUGCCGUGGGCCUCGGCUAGGUGCUCCGUGCGCGAUGUUGUCUACCGACACUGCCAAGAACAGGAAAUCCCUGCGGACUGCUUCUUUGUGAAAUGCAAUGGAGCCCUCGUUGCCCCCAGUGACACGGUGCAGCAUGGAGCUGUGUACAGUUUGGAGCCCAGACUUUAUGGAGGGAAAGGAGGUUUUGGGUCUAUGCUUCGAGCACUUGGUGCACAGAUAGAGAAGACAACCAAUCGUGAAGCCUGCCGGGAUCUCAGUGGGAGGAGAUUACGAGAUGUCAAUCAUGAGAAAGCGAUGGCCGAGUGGGUCAAGCAGCAAGCUGAGCGGGAGGCUGAGAAGGAGCAGAAGCGCCUGGAGAGACUGCAGCGGAAGCUCGCAGAGCCUAAGCACUGCUUCAGCAGCCCCGAUUACCAGAGGCAGUGCCAUGAGAUGGCUGAGCGUCUGGAGGACUCUGUCCUUAAAGGUAUGCAAGCUGCCUCCAGCAAGAUGGUGUCAGCAGACAUCAGUGAGACUCGGAAACGGCCUAACAAGUCGAAGGCAGACCACAGAUCUGGUGCAAAGAAAAAGAAGUGCUUCUGGUUGGGCAUGGAAGGACUAGAGGCUUCCGAGGAGUCCAGUGCUGGAAGCUCAGAUGACGACAGCAACGAAGUCUCUGGUACUUCUGGGCUGAACUGCUGUGCUCCAGAACAUGGUAGUGACGGUGUUGAGGUGGCAGCCAGCUGUCCUUGCAGUCCUCAGCGCUCAGGAUUGAGUACACACUCUGAGGCUCCGGAACAGCUGCAGAAAACCAUGACUGACCCUGGGCAGGACAUUGUGGAGAACACACAAACUGGACGGGGAGAGACAUCUUCCGGGGAGCACACCGAAAGGAAGAUAGUCACAGAAACAGAAGAUGGCCCAGCAAAGAAGGAGACAGAGAGUCCCAAACCCACACAGAAAGACCAAGAGACAGGAGUGACUGGUAGAGACAGAACUGCCGUGGCACUAUCUGAAGAAGAUAGCGAAAGCGUCCCUGUUGCUAACCUGGAGGGAAACCACUCAGGAGACACACAGGCUCUCAGUCGGGAAGCUGUGGAUCUGUUUGCAUUCAGCUCUGUGGCAGAGUUGGAGUCACUGGGUUUGGAGAGGCUCAAGUGCGAGCUGAUGGCCCUUGGACUGAAGUGUGGGGGCACCCUGCAGGAGCGUGCAGCCAGACUCUUCUCUGUCAGGGGCCUGGCAAAGGAGCACAUUGACCCUGCUUUAUUUGCCAAGCCUUCAAAAGGGAAGAAGAAAUGAAUUUCCUCACAGCUUUCCUGUGUUUGAUACUUCCUCUGACAUGAUGUGGACUGUGGCCAAUGUUCCUAUUGAUACUAAAAGUCAUUUUUUUACUAACUUGGUUUUAACUAGUUUCUUUUCAUUGGUACCUGGGCUUGAGGUUUUCAUUGGAGGAAGAAAACUUUGUAGGAUAUUUUCCCCUUUUUUUUGGUGUUUUUGAGACUCACAGCUGGGCACUGGUGGUGCAUCCCAGGCAGAUCUCUGUGAGUUCAAGGCCCUCCUGGUCUAUAAAGCAAGUUCCAGGACAGCAAAAGGUUCACAGAGAAACAAAAAUUAAAAAUUGAGAGACUCUUGUAGUCUAAACUGACCAAGAACUUUAUAGCUUGGGCUCAAACUUGCAGUGACUGGCCGGUCUCAGGUGUGCGCCACGGCGCUGGUCUUGUCGGAGGUUUAUAGCUUUCUUUGCUUCACAUUGUGUCUUUUUUUUUUUUUUUUUUGUUUUUUCGAGACAGGGUUUCUCUGUAGCUUUGGUACCUGUCCUGGAACUAGCUCUUGUAGACCAGGCUGGCCUCGAACUCCCAGAGAUCCGCCUGCCUCUGCCUCCCCAGUGCUGGGAUUAAAGGCUUGUGCCACCACCGCCUGGCUACAUUGUGUCAUUUUGAUGGUGUUUUCAGGAAGUUUAUUUGUAGGCACAGUUAUUCACAACUUCUGAGAAAAACUUGUCUCUCUUUCCAGUACUGAUGUGUGUAUACUACCAGGGAUGGGACCUAGCUGCCCCCAGGCUCUCGACACUGGGGUCACUCCAGCUCGGGCCUAUUUUGUUUGUUUUUUUUUUCUUAGCUGUCAAUCUUCCUUGGUAUCUGUACUUUUUUCCUCUGUGUAUCUUGGGUCUUCUCUACUCAUUUUUCUUUAGCUCCUUAAGCUUUAGAUCACUAAUUAUAGAUUUUCUUUUCUUUUUCUUUAAGUGUAUUGCCCAAUUAGCAAAUAUUUGUGUUUUCUCUAAAUGUCUUAUUGCUGUGUCCUGUUGAAAAGAACAAACACAAGCUGAGCAGUGGUGGCUCACGCCUUUAAUUUCAGUACGUGGGAGGCAAAGUUUGAGGCUAGCCUGGUCUAUAGAGUGAGUUGUAGGACAACUAGGGCUGCACAUACCCCCUCGGCUAACAAGGGAGUAUGUUCUGGAAUAGCCCUUAUAUGAGUGGUUGGUAGGAUUAUUCGCACGACUUGUUUUUGCUGGUUUGUUUUCACGAGGAACUAAGAAUGUUAAAAUCUCAAUUAUGAUUGAAAUUGCCUUUUUUGAGAAAAAAUAACUUUGUUGAUUAUAUAUUAAUUCAACCAUAUAUGCCUUAAAAUGACUUGCUCUAGUUGGUUUUGGAUUUUUUUUAUUUCAUCUUUGAUAAUUUCACACGUGUAGACAGUGUAUCUUGAUCACGUCCACCCCUUUCCUAUUCCUUUGGUUCUUCUGUUGCUAUUUUAUAUUUUGAAGCUAUUUCUAGGUUUCUCUUCUAGUAUACCGUGCAGUGUCCUUCAUCUCUGGUAAUAGUUUCCUGUUCAGCAUGUGUUUAUCUGAAGUAUGGCCCUCCAGCCUUUGUUGUUUCCUUAGCGUGUGUUUUCUGCUAUGUUUUAAUUUCUCCUGCUUUUUUUUUUCUUUAUUUUAUUUUGUUUUUUUUCAUCCUGGAACUCACUCUUUAGACCAAACUGGCCUUGAACUCACAGAUAUCCACCUGCCUGGGAUUAAAGGUGUGCCCACCACCGCCCGGCCUCCCUGCUUUUUCUGUCUACAGUGGGUUCCUACACACCACACGUCUUGCCUUGUUUGUGUCUAUUCUGUGUGUAGUCAUCAGCAUCUGGUCCCUGUCUCUGAUGACAAGCCAGUGGUGAGUCACACAUUUGUUCUGUCCUAAUGUGUUCUUUUGGGGGCUGUUUCCAGAUGUGCCUAGAUGUUGUCUACUUAUUUUUUACCUUGGAGUUUGGCGAACUUUGUAAAUUUAU